AGACCAGCCCGACGGCUGUCACCUGGAGGUGGACUUCCCGCCAGCAUUGGCGAGGGCUGACAUCCGACGAUUCGGAGUACACCUUGUCCCGACCGGCCGGUCCGGCAGCGACACCGAGUUUAUCGAGUUUCGGAUUUCCUUCUCACGGGCGGAGGUGAUCGCGGUUCGAUACCUCGCUCCAGUCAUACGAGCGGCUAUUGUAGCAGUAAAAUCCAUGAAAAAUACUUUCAAAAAGAACGAGGUCAUGAGCGACGAUGUACCGCUGAAGUCAUACUUUAUAAAAACGGCCGGGCUGUGGCUGGCUCAAACCACGCCAGCUUCAAUGUGGAAAGGCGUCACCGACGGUGUCAACAAAAUACUUGACUGGCUGGAGGACAAAUUGAACGCCGGGAAAAUUCCGUGUUUUUUCGAUCAUAACAUCGAUGUGGCAGCUGAACUCAGCACCGUAGAGCGGCGGGCUAUCAUUGACACAGUACAGCUGAUGAGGGAUCAUGUCACACGUCUUCUGAUGGCAAGCUGUGUGCAGUCUGUGAAUCAUUGGGACGUGGAUCUGCUGCUGGAGGGCGGGCUAGAGCCACUCACAGAGCGCCAGCUCGAGCCCCAGCUGCGGCUCCGACUCGGAAGGACGCUCGUCCGACAGGCGGUACUUGACGGUGUCGGUGUCCGCCACACAGCCCCGUGCUGGGAGUGCUGGUGGAAGGAGAACAUCCCUCGGCUGGUCCGUACAGCCCCACUUCUACUACAAUGGUGGCAUUACACCAUAUCACGAACAUACCGGCAGCAAUGUUACCUGUUCAUGGCAUGGAUGGUGGUCGACUCAUCAGACAUGCAGGGAGGAAGGCCGAUGACGUCACAGGUCAAUGACAUCGUCACGCUGGACGUUGGCCCCCUGAUACAACUCCUCACCAGAUCUGACCUGGAUCUCCUGCUGGGUGACCCGGACAAGGUGGCCACCUGGUGCAGUAAGCAGCUGCGGCGGCCGCUUGAGGAACGGCCGGCCGGACUCACCGCCGAGCUGGACACGCCGCGGGGCCGUGCCGAUCUGCUGCUGCGGCCCGAGCUGCUGCUGCAGGCUGUGCGAGUGAACGCGCCGGAUAAAAUGGACUGGUGGCGGGGUAUAGACCGGGCAAGGGGGUACAGGUGGAUGAAAAACUACCGACCAAUGCGUACAUAUCAGGAGAUUCGGGAGAAGUUGGAACGGCACAUCAACAUUAACCUGCAUGAGUGGCUUCACGACGAUCUACCAGAGAUGGACGCCGCGUCUGUGGACGCCACGGCCGGCCUCUGGCGCCGCCGGCUGCAGCAGCUGCUGUCCGGUGACCGGCUGCGGACGAUGUACAACGCUAUCACCGGCUGGUGGCCGGACCGGUGGGAGAUGACGUCGCACUACCUGGCGGUGCUCGAGGCCGACUCAGAGGAUUCGGAGCAGGAUGACGACGACGGUCAGGCCGGUGGCGAGGAGCGGCGCAGCGCAGACGAGGACCAGACAUCAGGGGGUCUGCCCAGCCCUCAGCGAGAGAAAUGGCAGCAGCUGGAGCGACAGCACCAGCAGCUGUGGCAGCAGGUGGAGCGGCGGGGUCACGGGGAAAGGAGGAGUCUGAACCAGCAGCAUGAUGAGGAGCGCCGGCGUCUGGAACGGAUUCAUGACAGGAAGUGGCGGAGCAUGGAAAUGCGGCACCAUGACGAGCGGAAAACGCUCCAUCAGCGGCACGAGAGUGUUAACAGGUGCGUGAAGCUACAGUAUCAGGGACAGGCGAAGCAAGAGAGACGUCAGAGGCAGUUGGAGCUGCUGGACCGGAGAAACCGAAGGCAGUUAGCAGUACUGGAGUGGCAGCACCAAAUAGAGUGGGGAGACCUGGAGCAGAAGGUCCAAACGCAGUGGAACAAACUGAAACAGAAACACCUCAGGGAGUCACAAGAGCUGGAGGAGAGAUACCCGAACAUGCAGUCCGGGGAGGAGCUGGAUCAGCUCAUGGAGGAGUGCAGCAGGAGGCGUCGGCAGCUGCGGAAGGAGCUGGAGAAGGAGCUGGAGAAGGAGCUGGAGAAGGAGCUGGAGAAGGAGAAGGAGAAGGAGCUGGAGAAGGAGCUGGAGAAGGAGAAGGAGAAGGAGCUGGAGAAGGAGAAGGAAAAGGUACUGGAGAAGGAGAAGAAGCUUGGGAAGAAGGAGAAGGAAAGCAGGAGGGUGCAGGAGAAGAACCUCAUAGUCAAGAAGGAGGAGGAUAAGUCAGUUGAGCGUGACAAGCAAAAGCGACUACGACAACAACAGCAACAACAAAAACGAGAACAAGAACAACAACAACAACAACAACAACAGCAACAACGACGACGACGACGUCAACAACAACAACAUGAACCAGAACCACGACAGCAGGAGCAGCAGCCGAGCCGGCGCUGUCAACACCUGCGGAACCUGAUAGAGGUGACGCGAAGACACCGCCAGCAGCUCAUCCAGCUCCAGGAGCGGCACAACCAGGAGCUGGAGGAGCAGAGGAGACGUCACCGGCAUGAGCGGAAGGAUCUGGAGCGGCGCCUCAGCCGCCGGCGGCACGGCCAGUAGCGGCGCCACCCACAGUGACCGGCGUGAGGAUACCAGCGGAAUCAUGGUUACAAACUCAGGGAGGCGCCACUACGGAGAACAAGUCGAGAGCGAGAUAUUUGUAGCAUCAGAAAUGGUGGAAAUAUGUCGCUAGUGUAGAUGCUGACAUUGAUAAAACGAGACCAGUUGCGUUUUUAUUAACGCUUAUAACGUUAGUGUUCAUGUGAUGGCGAUGUUAGCAAUGCGUAUAGCGUUUGUAUAGUAAUGGAUGAUAUAAGCUAUGUGUUGUUUUUACGACUGCAAAAUGUAGUUUUAAUGUCUAAUGCUAUACAUAGAUGGUGACAUUGAUGUUGGCUCUCCGAGCACCUUAUGUUGGUUAUGGGCUGUUUUCCAUGACACAUGUAUUGUGCAGUGUCGUGAAGCUCUGUAAAUACUAUACAAACAGCCGUCCCCAUCCCCAUCUUUCGAUGACCGGACAUAAGGCCAGUUGUCGAUGUGGUGAUGGGAAUCUGUGUAACGAACCGUUACAUCGAAGCCAUUGAAUAUGUUGGCUACUGGAAGCAUUGUACAUAGUAUCAGAACGAAAUACGAGUAA